AUGAGGGAAAAGCUGAACAAUGGCCAUGCUCUCUUCAUGGAUAACUACUAUAACAGUUUUCCUCUGGCAUCAGAACUUCUGUCUCAGAAAACGUACUGCACUGGUACAUUGCGGCUUGAUAGAAAAUAUUUACCAGAGGAGGUGAAGAAUGCAAAACUAAAGAAAGGAGAGACAAUCGCAGCAUAUGCGGAAGGGGUAAUGGUAGCAAAAUGGAAGGACCGAAGAGUUGUUGCAUACCUCUCAACAGAGUUUGAAAAUAUAAUGGCAGUAUCGAUCAACAGAAGGCAAGUACAGAGAGAAAAGCCCUUGCCAAUAUUGCAGUACAAUGCAAAUAUGAAAGGGUUCCACGUCGUCAUCACAGCGCUGUGUCGCAAGCCAGGUCUUCAUUGCUGGAAACAGGCGGUAGUUGCUGGGUGCAAGGUCCGGACUGUAAGGCGUAUUUGGUGA